AUGGAACCACUGAUUGAAAACCUGGUCAUCUUUGGCAUCGUCGGCGCGAUACGCACGACCCAGUGGCUGUAUUCUACGCACGAAGAACGAAUCAAUCGAGAGGUGGAACACAUCCGGAUGUAUUUGAAACGAUGCGGGGAUAAGAUGAAAGGUUUGAAAGGAUUUGAUUUAUCCUUCGAGGAGGUGUUAGGGGACGUCUCAACGGCGAACAAAUGUUUAGAAAGCGACGGGUUGGGAAACUUACUGGACGAUAAAAAGUUUAGGUUGCGAGUGACGCCGGUGUUUCGAGGGAACGGGAACGUGUUCGUGAAGCUGCUGAAAUAUAACAGCUCGUUUGCGUACGCGUUCGGGAACGUGGAAUUUGAUUUCGAGCUGGUCAAGAGAAGGAAGGACAAAGAGGAAAAAGAGGAGGAAAAGAGAGAGUGGGAGAAGCGAGAGGAAGGCGGAUUUGUUCGAUCAGUGGCCGCCACGAGAGAGGGGGAGAGCGAUGUAGACGACGACGACGUGGAUGGAAACGAAGAGUUUGAACACGUGCACGUCGUCCGCCGAUGUUCGAUUGAGACGUUUUAUCGCGUGGUCGUUCCGGCGUUGCGACAAAUCUCCGAAAAGUACGAGAACAGAGAAAACGAAGAAACGAGAAGACUAUUAGAAGUAGAAGAUGUAACCACCACUCGCACGGACCGAGGUGUCACCGGCGAAGAGUGCUCGAUAUGCCUCGACGCGAGUUUAGAAGUCAUCGCGAGGUGCGGCCACGGGUUUUGUCAGGAAUGUUACGCGCGGUGGUUACGACGAUCUGGAACGUGCGCGUUGUGUCGCGAACGAUUACCGACCACCGACCACGGCGGCGCGUUCAGUUUAGUCUCCUUCAGCGAAAUUUCCACAGAAGUUCCUUUAUCCGCUUCUUUUUCGCAAACCAAUCAUCGUGGCGACGCAGAAGACGAAGAAGAAGAACCAGAAGAGGAAACGCUCGAGAAUUUCCAAAUCUGUUUCGGCAACGAAGCUUCGUUGGAGUGGUUGAAACACCGGUUGAGUACGUUCGACGUCGUGUGUGAACAAGACGUGAGCGCGUUUCGGAAGUUUAAACAGACUCUUUUCAUUAACAAAAGAUAG